AUACAAAAGAUACAAAAACUCCAUUUUCAAUUUCAAUUUAUCAAGCGACAUCUUGAUGUACAUACGUCUCAUUUAAUCGAACAACGAGGGAGUGAAUAUAAAGGAAACAUUUUCAGCCAUUUGCUGCCAUUCUGCAAGAUGCCUACUGCGCAGCAGACGUCUCAGCAGCAGCACCAACAGCAACUUAGCAACGAUGAGAGCAAUGGAGUUAGCCCAGAACUGAAACCUGAGGAAGAUAGUAUGCCAAAUUUAUCAACACUCUCGUUAGAUGAGCUGAAGCAGCUUGAUCGAGAUCCCGAGUUUUUUGAUGAUUUCAUUGAGGAAAUGUCUGUGGUACAGCAUUUAAAUGAGGAACUUGACUCCAUGAUGAAUCAAGUGGAAAAUAUAUCACGUGAAAAUGAGAGCAAGGGCACUCAUUUGGUCGAAUUGAAACGCCGGCUUAGUGAUGAUUAUACGGCACUUAAGACGCUCGGUGAAAAAUGCGAUCUACUAAAUAAGAAGUACUUAAAGAAGUCGGAAGAAUAUGCUCCGCAGCACAUUCGAGAGCUACUGCAAAUAGCCGCAUCGAAUGCGGAUGGUGAUUGUGAUCGACAUGUCGAGCAUUUUCUGAAUGGUAAGAUCGAUGUUCAGACUUUUCUCAACACCUAUCAGAGCUCCAAGAAAAUUAGCGCUGAGCGCAAGGCCAAGGAGGAGCGACUGGGCAGCCAGCUAACUGCAUUAGAACGUGCUGGUAUAUAAGGAGUAAACGAAGGAGGAUAAAACUGCAAUAACUUUCUCCCUCUACUUGAGCGAUCACCUUACUCGUUAUUGUUUUAUACGAUUUGGUUUAUUACAAAUCCGCAAUAUAUACAUACAUACAUACAUAUAUGGAGAUUAAGGAAAUAUCCGUGUAUUGUAGAAUUUGAUCGCUUGAGAUGUGUGUAAAA